AUGACGAUACCUGAUCCGGUCUAUUUAAUGGAGAAUGGAUCAAUUGAAUUACCAUGCACGCCGGAGGAAGAGAAGCGGAUCGUAACUGAGUUAACCAAAAAAGCGGAGUCUAAUUUGAAACAAGGCAACUUGUACUAUGUCCUUUCCAACAGGUACAAAGGAGGACCGACAUUACCUAGGAAGAUGAUUUCAUUGGGUGUUAACAACAGUUUUAGUGUAGAGGUUUUCCCUCUAUGUCUUAAGAUAAUUGAUUCCAAGGACAAAAGCCAGUCAGUUAUAAGGUUAAGUAAAAAGGCUUCUUUACAUGAGCUUUAUGAGAAGGUGUGUGCACUUAAAGGAAUACAGCCAGAGGAGGCACAAAUCUGGGAUUAUUUCAAUAAACAGAAACAUGCAGUGUUAGUUGAUUCAAACCAAACCUUGGAGGAAUCUAGUUUGCAGAUGGACCAAGAUAUUCUUCUGGAGAUGCAAGUCACUGGAUUUGGCUUGGAAUCAACAGGAAAUGAGUUGGCCCUGGUUCCAGUAGAACCCUUAAGAUCCUCUGUUUCAAUUUCUGGGGGCCCGGUUUUGUCCAAUGGUUAUUCAACAGCUUAUAGUUCCAGUUUGUACCAGGGAAGUACUAUAAGUUCAGCAUUCACAGAUUUGGAGGAUGGAUAUGACGUUUUGAAGCCUGUAGCUAAAGGAGAUAGGGGAGGUUUGGGAGGUUUGCAGAAUCUAGGAAAUACUUGUUUCAUGAAUAGUGCUAUUCAGUGUUUAGUUCAUACCCAGCCACUGGUUGAAUACUUCUUGCAGGAUUACACUAAUGAGAUCAACUGGCAAAAUGCUUUAGGAAUGCAUGGUGAGCUUGCACUGGCAUUUGGUGAGUUGCUGAGGAAACUUUGGUCCUCUGGGCAAACGGCUGUUGCACCUCGUGCAUUUAAGGGAAAACUUGCGCGAUUUGCCCCCCAAUUUAGUGGGUAUAAUCAGCAUGAUUCACAGGAACUUCUUGCCUUCUUGCUGGAUGGAUUGCAUGAAGAUUUGAAUCAUGUUAAGCAAAAGCCUUACAUUGAGACAAAAGAUCAUGAUGGUCGCCCUGAUGAGGAAAUGGCAGAUGAGUGUUGGAGAAAUCACCAAGCCCGAAAUGACUCUGUUAUUGUGGAUGUUUGUCAGGGUCAAUAUAAGUCAACACUGGUUUGCCCUGUUUGUAACAAAAUCUCAAUAACAUUCGACCCCUUCAUGUACUUGUCACUGCCACUUCCUUCGACAGUCACUCGAACCAUGACAGUAACUUUGUUUUAUGGUGAUGGGAGUCACCUUCCAAUGCCAUAUACUGUUACUGUCCUGAAAAACGGUUGCUCUAGGGAUCUCAGCCAGGCAUUGGGUAUUGGAUGCUGCUUAAGGAGCGAUGAAAGCCUGCUACUUGCAGAGGUUUAUGAACAUAAAAUAUUUCGAUACUUGGACACUCCUUUGGAGCCACUCAACUCGAUAAAAGAUGAUGAUCAUAUUGUUGCAUACCGACUUCCCAAAAAAGGGACAGAAUUAACUAGACUAGAGAUUUGUCACCGAUAUCAGGAAAAAUAUAUGUCAGACAGUUCGAAGGUCAGUGAGAGGAAGCUUUUCUUAACACCCCUUGUUACUUAUUUGGAAAACCCACAAACUGGGGCUGAUAUUGAUCUUGCUGUUAGUAGAAUGCUUUCUCCAUUCAGAAGGAAAGCAUUUCUCCCGUUGACUAAAAACAAUAGUAGCAUGGAAAUUUGCUCUGCUUCAGAAGCUGAUGAGGAAUCAAUGUACUGCUGCAGUACCCAGUUAGAACCUGGGAGCCAAUCAAAGCAUAUUACAGAACAGGCAGAAAUUUCCUGUAGGGAGUUGUCAUUUCGGCUUUUUAUUGCAGAUGAUAGGGUUUUAGGUAGCAGACCAAUUGUAAAAGAUUUACCCAUAAAAUCUAGUAGACUGGUGAAGGUUAUGCUGGAGUGGACUGACAAGGAACAUGAGUUUUAUGAUGCCAGCUACCUCAAGGAUUUUCCUGAGGUUCGGAAGACGGAGCUGACUGAGAAGAAAACCCGACAGGAAGCUAUCUCUUUGUUUUCAUGCUUGGAUGCAUUCUUAAAGGAGGAACCCUUAGGGCCUGAGGAUAUGUGGUAUUGUCCUCGUUGUAAGGAACACAGACAAGCUACCAAGAAGCUAGACUUGUGGAGGUUGCCAGAGAUACUUGUCUUCCACUUGAAACGGUUCUCAUACAGCCGAUGGCUAAAGAACAAACUCGAUACCUUUGUAAAUUUUCCCAUUCACAAUCUUGAUUUGAGCAAAUAUGUUAGAAGCAAGGAUACUUGCACUGGAUCUAAUAUUUAUGAACUAUAUGCCAUUAGCAACCAUUACAGUAGCCUAGGUGGUGGGCACUACUCUGCUUAUGCCAAGUUAAUUGACGACAAUAGAUGGUAUCAUUUUGAUGAUGCCCAUGUUUCACCGGUUAGUGAAGCUGAGAUUGAGACAUCAGCUGCUUAUGUGUUGUUCUACCGAAGAGUUAACUGUCAACCAAAUGGAGCAGUGGGAGAGUUGUCCCAAGACCAUGGGACUGCUUGAAGGCUGUGUAUGGUCAUUAACUUUUCCCUUGUGGAUUUCAUAUUGUUCACAACUUUCCUUACUCUUUGAAAAAAAAUUUGGUGACAGAACAUGGAAGAGAAUGGCUGGGUAUUGUUCAUUGUAGCGUGACAUGGUGAGAUUUCGUUUGAAGACAGAAAAGUGGAUGGCAUUGGGGUAAAAUAGAACCCCCGGGUUUGUUUCAUUAAUUGGGGGAUGAAGUCUCUACAAGAAAUGCCUAGAGGGGGAGUAGCAUGUAUUUUACGGAAGUGCAACUAUUUUUUGAGAGAAGAUUUGAAUGGUCUCGAGGUAUCGAAUGCUUUUUAUGUGUAGUCCUUGACGAAUUGGAAUUAUCCUUCACACAAGUUUUAUUCAUUGGGGGAAUUGUUUCGCUGUUCCCUUUGGUAUGUAUUUGGUCUGUCUG